CAGCCUUAAGAGUAAGUCUCGAGGAGAGGUGGUGUACAGAGGAUAGUGUUUAUUUUCCAGGGCACCAUUUAACAUUGCAGUCGUGCACUGUGUGCUGAUUAUUAAUAGCUGUUAACAUUGGUCAUUAAAAAUGAAGGAGCGGAAAAGUGCACAGUCAACCGUGGCAAGAUGCAAGCUGGUACUGGUGGGCGAUGUGCAGUGCGGGAAAAGUGCCAUGUUACAAGUGCUGGCCAAGGACUGCUACCCUGAGACCUAUGUUCCUACAGUGUUUGAAAAUUACACAGCUUGCUUGGAACUGGAGGAAAUUCGUGUGGAGCUUAGUCUCUGGGACACAUCAGGUUCACCAUACUAUGAUAACGUGCGUCCUUUGUGCUACAGUGACACUGAUGCAGUUCUCCUGUGCUUUGAUGUCAGUCGUCCGGAAACAUUGGAUAGUGCUCUGAAAAAGUGGAAGACUGAAAUCUUGGACUACUGUUCCAGCAUAAGAAUAUUGCUGGUCGGCUGCAAGACUGAUCUGCGCACAGACCUUAGCACCCUUAUGGAACUGUCAAAUCAGAAACAAGCGCCAGUCUCACAUGAACAGGGUUUGCUGGCAGCUAAACAGUUGGGAGCAGAGGUCUAUCUAGAGUGUUCAGCCUUCACUUCAGAAAAAAGUGUGAACAGCGUUUUCCGGACAUCCUCCUUAGCCUGUUUGAAUAAACUCCAACCCCACACACCCCAGAGAAGUCCAUCACGCAGCCUUUCAAAAAGGCUUCUCAAUUUCCCUAGCAGAUCAGAACUAAUCUCUUCUACAUUCAAGAAAGAAAAGGCCAAGAGCUGCUCUAUGAUGUAACUUCUCCCAGAGUUUUCUCCACUUUGGGAUAGUUCUGAAUUUGGUCAGGAGUGUUGAUUGGUUCUGCAGUCAGGCUGGGCCUGUAAAAUUCUUCAGAGGCAAACUUGAGACAUUUGAGUGAAAUGUUAUCUUCAUUCUCUUGGUUUUUGAUUUUUUUUCACCUCAGAUUUUUUUCAUCACCAACAUUGUUUGCCUUGAAACCAAUGACAGCACAUCUGAUGUCUGGCUUCCAAGAAGUAAUUUUGCACAUGAACUAUUAGAAAUGCACACUGGGGAGGGAGAACUUGUAACUUUUUCAGUGCUAAGGAAAUUUGUGAGGAUUUCAUUUAAGUGAAGGAAGUUGAAGGAGACUUAGUAUGGCGUUAAUAGCUGGAAAGCUCCUGUAUUCCCUUGCCACAAUGCUUUUCAGUCUGGGCGUUUACAAUUUUUGUCUAAUUGAAUGCUUGGUGUCUCAAGUCUGCAGUGCCAAGUGUAACAAAGUAACAUUCUUAUUUAUUGGUGAAAUAUGCCAGUUUGUAUUUUAGAUGUUUGUGGGAAAAGGGAUAAUUCCUCUUGGGGGGGUAGUUAUUCAACUUUUCAAACAUGUUAACAUUGCAAUAUUUGACAGUUUUUAAUUAAACAGUGUACUUGAGUUUUCUGAGAAGGGUCUGUUGACCUUUGCAUAGUUGGGCCUGCAAGACUGAAGGUUUUGGUAGUAGCACCUUAUGCUUGUUUUAGUGCUGUUAGCGUUGUUCAUGGUCUAAUACACAAUGCACCUAUGGUUUUUCACUAGUCCAGUAGUAGCACAGUUCACCCUGUUUUUAAGAUGAGGUAGUCUGAUAGUCAUGUUAAUAUGCUUUGAAUGCCUGUUUUGUUUGAACUGCUGUAAACACUGGACUUUAUAUGUAUUGAGUUGUAUGUUUACCAGGUGUGGAAUUUUUUGGCACAGCACAAAGCUGAAAACACAACUUGCAUCUUGACUGCAUGCCUUACAUGUGUAGUGUAUGGAAUGUGGACCUUUUGUCUUCCAGACAGCUUGUAGAAAAGUGGAGUAAGUUGAAGUAGACCGUAAAGGAGCAAGUCAACAUUCCCCCUUGCAUCUGUGACUCACAAAUGCAGUUUGCUUGCUGGAGUGUUAAACUGACUGCAGAGGGUAUUAAAGUCCUAGCACUCCAUCUGAUAUUGGGAGUGGUCCACAAAGAGUAAGGGUGGUGGAAUGGAUAAUAAAGAUAUGGGGAUAGAGACUAUAAUGGGUAGUAGUGCAGAAAAUGCUGAGAUUGAGAUCUUUGUAGAAAAGGUGGGAUCUAUGCAAAGAAUUUAAAAUCAUGUGAUUUUAUUUUUUUUCUGAACCACGGACUGGAUGCAAGAAAGCAUGUGGCUGCUGGAAGAGAUUUGGGGAACGCUUUAUGGAACGGCUUACUCUCAGACACUUAAAGUGGACAUUUUGAAACUUGCCUAUUUGUUAAUGAGUUGAAGUUGAGAUGAUUGCUUCCUGCACUCUGUAGGAUUUUCUGUUGUACUGAAAGGUUUGCCGCAGCUUUGUUCUCUGCAGAUCUGCUGCAUAUGACACCCAUUUUACAGCACUUUACAUGAGCAUGGUCUGGUAUAAGCCCCAUUUACACGUUAAUACUUGGAUGCAGAUUACUUCUAGCUCCUGUGUCCUGAGCAUGUGCUAUGUCCAUGGAGUUAUCCAGACUUGUACAGUGGAUCAGAGUGGCUUCUACAGGCAAAGUUGGCCAGAAGUAUACUCCAAAAUCCUAAAUGAGGUGGUGAUAGAAUGUGGCUUAACUCUGUAAUUUACUACAGAGUGAGCUUCACUUAUGUAACAUUGUGGGCUAUGCUGGGUGGGUGGAUCAUUGUUUGCUCACAAACAAGUUGAAUUGCAGUAGCUUGUGUACAAGUACACCUUGUUUCCAAUAAAUAUAAUGGAGCCCUAGAUGGUCAUCAGGGUGAUCUGGGAUUGUUUGCCCAGUUGUGUGUACACAUUCACACAGUUUUCACACAGAAAUGGAAUAUACGUAUAUGUACACGGUGGGGAAAUGGGUAACACAGGUUUGUUGCUAAUAUCCUACUUGAGUCAGAAAGCUGCAUGGGAUCCUUGUACACACAUCUUGGCUAAUUUUAAUAGCAACUUGGCAUGGCAGCAUUGUGCUACCUGGCAGACUUGAGGUUGUCGAGUGGCCGACAGACUAAAGUGAGGCAAAGCUGAGCAGAACCACUGUAGCUAGAUGUGUAGGCAAACACUUGCCUUUCCUGAAGGGAUCCUUUAGUGGCUGGGCUACAAGAUGCAGCUUGCAUAAGAGCCAGUGAAAUGUUUCACUUUUUUUUUUUGCAGUCAAAACUGUUUAUUGUACUCCAUGUAUAAGCCCUAUGGUGGAUGUGUCAUGCCAUAUGAAGCAAUGGGGUAUCUGAUCAGGCUUUGAUAGUGUGGGGACAAGUUUUUAACCAUUUUCAUGUUCAUAAUACAGCAACUUGUAGAUAGGAGCCCCCCCCCCCAUCAUGCAGCUUCCUUAGUCUUCUCUGGAAAUUGACUGGAAAUAAGUUAGUGGUAGUUUUUGUGCCCGUCUUGAUUCUGUGUUUUCUUCCCUGGACAUGAAGGGUACAUGUUUGUGUUUCACUUUGGUACGUCCAGAAUUGUUCAGUCCUGUUAGGUGCAGUGAGAUGCGUGUGUGACUUGAUUUAUUGUCAAUGUGUUUUAAAGUCUGUAAUAAAAUCAUGUUUUGUUUUA